GGAAAGAGCGCAGUCUGACUUUAAAAGUCUGUGAAACUGUAUUUUCUAUUGGUACCGUUUGUCCAUGUGGUCUCAAACAGCACGAGCUUAAAGUGUCGCUGAGGCUGAAGUAAAGCAGUUCGCCGACUUGCUUUCUGCCACGGUGCCGAUAGUUGGCUGAACACAUGCAAGAGCUAAACCUAACCCUGCUAGCGUUAGCUAUGCUGCCUUCAGGUGCUGCUUGUGGGCUCCGUCCUUCGACAACUUAAUUUGUAAACUUACACUGCUGAGUAAAUGACGUGUGUCAGUCAGGAAUUCGAGAUGUAUGAUGACCCAUAGAAAUAUUGUGAACAGAGCUAACUUAGUUUGUAACCUGUGUUAAAUAAAUAAUCACCGUCAGUACUUAAAACGCUAUGUGUAUUGAUUAAGGUGCUGUCACUGUCCAGGUGCGGUUUAAACAAACUUUGUUUAGGUUCGUUUGGGAUCGCAUGCAUUGACCCCGCUCGGGUCAUAAGCAGUUCUACCGAUCAGCCAUAACGUUAAAACGGUAACUAGUUUCAGUGUUGUGACUGAUCGGUGUAUGUGACAUUUAAAAUAUGAUUUUUCCUGAGAUACUACUUUUAGGUUUCCAUAUGGUCAAAGUUAACCAUGGCAGCACUUUCUCUUGAAGGAAAUAAACAAGGUUUGUGUUUCAUCAUGCGGCGGGGGGAGCACGUUCCACGGGCUUUCCAGGCCCCGGUGGAUGUCCAUGCCAGCGCAGAUGGCCAGGUGUAUAUGUUCAAGAGGAGGCCGAAUGAGUCAGCUGCGUCCUCAGAUGACGAGGAGCUUAGUGUCAUGGAGAUGAAGCCACAGGUUUUCCGAGAGCUGGAGCAGGACAGGCUGAGGAACGUCCAGUUGCUGGAGAGGAAGGUGUUAGAUGGUGACAAUCUUAACAAGCUUGCACUACAAUAUGGCUGUAAGGUGGCAGAUAUAAAGCGGGUGAACAACCUUAUGCAGGAGCAAGAUUUAUUUGCACUGAAAUCUAUCAAAAUACCAGUUCAGAAACACAGCUUUUUAACAGAGACUUACACAGACCUAAGUGACCCUCAAGAGGAGAUGCCACAUUCAUCUACAACACUAGCAAGGCCUCAGGACAGAGCCAGAGCCCAGCCACAUCUACAGGAGGUCACAGACUUUCUAAUGGAGGUGGAUAAUGACAUUGAGAAACUGAUUCAGACUACAAAUGAUCAAGAUGAGGAUUUCUCGGAUAACCCAGAGAAAGAGUCUAGGUUUGGUUUUAAAGGACAGGGCCUGACCGGUCAUGGUGCAGACUGGGGGAUCCAGUGGUGGAACGCUGUGGUUGCCAUGCUUCUGAUCGGCAUCGUCCUGCCGUUAUUUUACGUAAUUUAUUUCAAAACGGUAGCUGGUGCUUCACAGUCACCCACUGCCUCUUCAAACACCUCAGCAUCGGGCUCCACUACAAGAGGACCUUAGUAUUUUCAAGAACCAGGAUAGUGCAGACUUGAGCCUCUGAAAACCAGAAUCAUUUUAAGACUGAUGGGUGAGAUGGUCUCAGAAGUAUGUGACAAUCAAGAUAAAUCCAAAUCUCUUAACAUUUUAGCUCAGUGCAAUAACACCAUGUGCCUAGCUUAUGCCAGUGAAUUUUACCUUUAAUUAAACUAUAACUGUGAUGAUUGAGGCAGAGACUUCAAUGAUUGCAUUGAAGUGAAGCAGCUGCACACUGUCCUCAUUUUUGUGUGAUAAUGUAGGGCACCAGCAUUUCAUCAAACAGCUUUCAUAGCAUACAGUUUUCUGACAUGACAUCCUUGGUACUGUGUAGUCCUGAUCCUUUGAAAAACUCUUGAUGCUUGUUGCGAUCUUAGUUCCUCAGGUGCUUUACUGAAUCUGAGGAGGUACUUUUGCUUAGGCCCUAUCCACAACCUGCCUUUCCACCUCUGCCUUUCGUCAGUAUCAACACAUUAAAUGUCAUUUCAGUGUCAGGCAUUAGCCGAAAAAUUAAUAUCUGUUGCUGCACAAUAACAUUUUUUUAAACACUUCCCCAAAACCAUGAAAUGUGAGAUAUAUUGUAUUCUUCUGUUGCUAAAACAGUAUGAGGUUACACUAUAGCUGACAUGGGUUUAAGCAUUAUUUGUGUGCCUUUUUUUUUUUUUUUUUUUUUUUUUUUUUUUUGGCUCUAACUUAUUUUUUUGUGGCCUUGUGUUCAUUGUUUAGACAUUUACCAUGCACCUCAUGCCUUUUCUCUGGGUGUGACAAAUGCCAAAAGUGUGAAUUGUGUUUACCGUAACAAAGUGUUUAUUUGAUAAUUUGCUAUUUUUAAAAUACAAGGUGUUGCAUUUUGAAAAUGACAUUGUCUCAUCUACGAGACCCCAGAGUGGGAGAUUUAGGAAAGUGCCUUAAAACUUUAUUGUCAAAUUUAUAUUGUAUUGCACAAUCCCAUCUUAAACUGUCUGAUGGGAAGUUGAGUCCACCAUGAACGGGUGGUGAGUUUGGCCUGGCUUGUCCAAUGCACUUUUUAAAGUCUGAAGUAUUUUAAUUUAAUGAAUCUACAAAAAUUAUUAUGUUGACAUAAGUCUGAAUCUUUUCAUUCAGCAUGUUUCUAUUUAUCACAGACUUGUGCUCAGUUUAUAGCAACAGCACUACAAACUGCAGCCUCCACAAUGAUCACAGUUAAAUCAACACCUCUUUAACACACUAUAACCAUCAUGAAGGGAGGAUUUAUUGCAGGACUGAUGUAUUAGACUGCAUUAGUUUUAGCCAGUUGUUCUUAAUAAACUGACAGUUGAGUGUA